UUCAUAGGAUUAAGGAGGAUAUCGGGGGAUUGAAGAGGAUGUCAGGGGGAUUAUUAUAUCAGGGAAUCUGGUCCAGUGGCAUAAAGGACCAUAACAGCAUUAAUUCUGAUUUUCUUACUUUUCAAGAUUUAAUAUAACUAAAAUUACAGGCCCAUGGGUAAACGACAUUUCUACGAUUGCAUUGCCUGCCUGGCUAAUGCUUUGGGCUAAUGAGCGAUUGCAUCAAUCUAUUUCUUCUAGCCUCAACAAAGCUGAAGAGAAUAUUCUUUUCAAAUUUGGGAAAAAGCCAAUAGCUGUGGGUGAUUCAAGCCAACAAAACAAAUUAUUUGUCCAAAAGCCAGAUGGAGCUAGAAGAUUCAUCAAAAGCGUUUCGUUUCCUGAAUCUACUGAACAGAAUAGGCCCCAUAAUCAGAAUCUAUUUUGA